AUGAAAAAGUGCAGUCUAGCUUUAUAAACAUCGAUGCUUUUUGAUGAAUAAGAAGACUUCUAAGAUCACGAUGGCGAUGGACUAGGUCCGUGGUUCAAGAUGAAAGAAAAAAAAUAAUUGGUUGCGCCUUUGUAGCCCAUACGAAUCCCUUAAGUUAGAAUAAAAAGCUAAUAAUUACAAAAACGAGUCCUCUAAAUAAAAACAGAAAGAUAUCACACUGAAAGGACUCUACAUGUGAAUGAGGAUCCAAUUCGGAUAAAUAACAUAAAAUAAAAUUAAGAAUACACUGAUUCUUCUUCGCCAGUAGAAUAAAUCAUCAAGAAACAUUUUUCUAAUAAAUAGUCUGUAUUUUUCCCUAAAAGUUAACAGAGUUCAUUUUUGUAAAAGUCGGAUAGAUCAAAUCGAUAAAUAAGGGUAAAGAAACUCAAAAUUUGUAAUUCUGAUAUACCAUUGAUCAAUAAAUAUAAUUAUUUUUCAAGAUUGCUGUGA